AUGACUAGCGGUCUUACUGUUAAAGAUGUUAGAUAUCUUGAAAGAAUGAAAUUGUUUGCAGAUAAGACAAGAACUGAUAGGACAUUUGAGGUGGGUGAUCAUGUUUACUUAAAACUGCAACCAUAUCGUCAGUCAUCCAUAGCGGCAAGACGAAAUUUUAAAUUCUCAACUCGUUAUUAUGGACCCUUCACUAUUUUGGAUAAGAUAGGCCAUGUGGCCCACAAGCUGGAUCUACCUAUCCAGUCAAAGAUCCAUCAUGUCUUACAUGUUUCUCAAUUGAAGAAAAAGAUAGGUGCUUCUGCUACGACGAUACCUAUUCUUCCACUAGUUGAUGAUGAAGGAGAGAUAGUCUUCAUGCUUGUCGCUACUUUGGAUUUUAAACAACUAACUCAUAGGGACAUUGCAGCGGAUCUGUUCUUAAAGAAUAUAGUGAAGUAUUUGGGAUUUCCGCAUGAUAUUGUGAGCGAUAGAGACUCACAGUUUACAGGAAGAUUUUGGACUGCCUUGUUCGGAUUGCUUGGAUCUGAACUAAUCUAA